AUGAGCUCUGCGCUAGAACAAAAGACUAUGCGAGCGCAGCAAUAUGAUGCGCGAGACAACAAGCUCCACCUCAAUGAAGUACCUAUCCCACAGCCCCGCGAGCAUGAACUCCUCAUCAAGAUGCAAUGUGCAUCUCUCUGUCACUCUGAUGUGAUGCUUUUCGAGCCCAAUGAACAAGGUCUUAUUCUUGGCAAGAACCCUGUUACCAUCGGCCACGAAGGCACAGGCAAGGUCGUUGCGACUGGGUCAGGAGAAGUAGCCAGGCAGUUCAAAGAGGGAGAUGCAGUGGGUUUCCUCUGCGCCGUCGACUGCUGCUUCGAGUGCUAUUCCUGCAAGAACGUCAGCAACGUCUGGUGUUCGACUGGGCAGACCAAGAUACAGGGAUUUAGUGCUGAUGGGUAUUUUGCAGAGUAUGCAGUCGUGGAUGCAAGAGAAGCCAUCGUUUUGCCUGAGAAUUUGGAUCCUAAAACAUCCGCACCUCUUUUCUGCGCUGGUGUAACCGCAUACCACGGCAUCGCAGAUUGCGAGUUACCUGCUGGGUCCUGGCUUGCAGUCAUCGGCUGUGGUGGUCUCGGGCACAUGGGUAUCCAGUAUGCCAAGGCCAUGGGCCACAAAGUCAUUGGCAUUGAUAUUACCGACGUGGCUAUAGAAGAAGCAAAGAGUUGCGGUGCAGAUUACACCUUCAAUUCCAUGACGGACAAGGAUUACAAGAAGAAGAUACUGGAGCUCACAGGCGGCGGUGUACAUGCGGCAGUCAACUUCACGGCGGCCAAGAAGUCGUAUGAUGACUGCCCGGCAAUAGUUAAGCCUGGUGAGGGUAUGAUUAUGGUAGUAGGUAUUCCCCAGCAGCCACUUGAAUUCAAUGGCCUGGAUAUUGCGAUGGGUCGUUACAAAGUCAAGGGAUCGAACAAUGGAACAUGUUACAACAUGAGGGAAGUGAUUGAGUUUUCUGCAAAACAUAACAUCAAGGCGCACUUGACAGCGUUCCCGCUGGAAGAGGUACCCAAAAUGGUCGAGCUGAUGAACUCACACCAAGCAAAGGGACGCAUGGGUGUAAUUUUUGAUUAG